CCCGGGCGCGCCCGACUUCGGGCUGCCUUUCGGGGCGUCCUCUGCUGUCCCUUUCCCGGGCCCCCGGCGGCCCCGUGGGGUUUCGGGGGGAAGGAAGAGGUGCAGCUUUGUGGCUCAGAAUGCGGCGACCCAGUUGGCAGGACUGGGGCGGAUCGAAAGAGGCCAGCCGUGUACCGCCUGCGGUGACCAGUGCCCGGGGCUCACCCUGCACAAAUGGAGGAAGAUCUGCCUGCACUGCAAGUGUCGCCAGGAGGAGCACAUGGUGACCGUGAUGCCGCUGGAGAUGGAGAAGACCAUCAGCAAGCUCAUGUUUGACUUCCAGCGGAACUCGACCUCAGACGACGACUCGGGCUGUGCCCUGGAGGAGUACGCCUGGGUCCCGCCCGGGCUGAAGCCAGAGCAGGUGCACCAGUACUACAGCUGCCUCCCAGAAGAGAAAGUCCCUUAUGUCAACAGCCCUGGAGAGAAACUUCGCAUCAAGCAGCUCCUUCACCAGCUGCCGCCGCAUGACAAUGAGGUCCGGUACUGCAACUCCCUGGAUGAGGAGGAGAAGAGGGAGCUGAAGCUGUUCAGCAAUCAGAGGAAACGGGAGAACUUGGGCAGAGGGAGUGUCAGGCCCUUCCCCGUCACCAUGACCGGAGCGAUUUGUGAGCAGUGCGGGGGCCAGAUCAACGGCGGGGACAUCGCUGUGUUCGCGUCCCGCGCUGGCCACGGCGUCUGCUGGCACCCGCCCUGCUUCAUAUGCACCGUCUGCAGUGAGCUCCUGGUGGAUCUGAUCUACUUUUACCAAGACGGGAAGAUCUACUGUGGCAGGCACCACGCCGAGUGCCUGAAGCCGCGCUGUGCAGCCUGUGACGAGAUCAUCUUUGCGGACGAGUGCACAGAGGCUGAGGGGCGGCACUGGCACAUGAAACACUUCUGCUGCUUCGAGUGUGAGACGGUGCUGGGCGGCCAGCGCUACAUCAUGAAGGAGGGGAGGCCCUACUGCUGCCACUGCUUCGAGUCCUUGUACGCGGAGUACUGCGACACCUGCGCCCAGCACAUAGGGAUCGACCAGGGUCAGAUGACCUACGACGGCCAGCACUGGCACGCCACCGAGACCUGCUUCUGCUGCGCUCACUGCAAGAAGUCCCUCCUGGGGCGGCCGUUCCUGCCGAAGCAGGGCCAGAUAUUCUGCUCCCGGGCCUGCAGUGCCGGCGAGGACCCUAAUGGCUCCGACUCGUCCGACUCGGCCUUCCAGAAUGCCCGGGCCAAGGAGUCCCGGCGCAGCGCCAAGAUUGGGAGGAACAAGACCAAGCCCGAGGAGGCCGUGCUGAGCCCGCACAGCCAGCUGCAGGUGAGCUCGAACCGGCUGUCGGCAGACGUGGACCCCCUGUCGCUGCAGAUGGACCUGCUCAGCCUGUCCAGCCAGACCCCCAGCCUCAACCGGGACCCUAUCUGGAGGAGCCGGGAGGAGCCCUACCACUACGGGAACAAGAUGGAGCAGAACCAGUCCCAGAGUCCUUUGCAGCUUCUCAGCCAGUGCAACAUCAGAACUUCCUACAGCCCAGGAGGGCAGGGCGCAGGGGCCCAGCCCGACGUGUGGCCCAAGCACUUCAGCAACCCCAAGAGGAGCUCGUCCCUGGCCAUGAAGGGACACGGCGGCAGCUUCGUCCAGGAGUGCCGCGAGGACUACUACCCCGGGCGGCUGCGGUCCCAGGAGAGCUACAGUGACAUGUCCAGUCAGAGCUUCAGUGAGACCCGGGGCAGCAUCCCGGUCCCCAAGUAUGAGGAGGAGGAAGAGGAGGGAGGCGGCAUGGCUGCCCAGCAGUGUCGGACCCGCCACCCCAUCAGCUCCCUGAAGUACACGGAGGACAUGACACCCACGGAGCAGACCCCCCGGGGCUCCAUGGACUCGCUGGCCCUGUCUAACACCACAGGCUUCUCGGCGGAAGGCGGCGCCAAGCGCCAGGAGCACCUGUCGCGCUUCUCCAUGCCCGACCUCAGCAAGGACUCCGGGAUGAACGUGUCCGAGAAGCUGAGCAACAUGGGCACGCUCAACUCGUCCACGCAGUUCCGCAGCGCCGAGUCGGUGCGCAGCCUGCUGUCGGCGCAGCAGUACCAGGAGCUGGAGGGCGGCCUGCACCCGCUGGGCGCGCCCGGGGGCUUCCGGGACCUGCCGGCGCGCGGGCGCCGCGCCGCGCCGGGAGCCGCUCGGCCAGUGCCCGCGGACCGUGUCGGACCUGGCGCUGCAGAACGCCUUCGGGGAGCGCUGGGGGCCCUGCUUCGCCGAGUACGACUGGUGCUCCACCUGCUCCUCGUCGUCCGAGUCCGACAACGAGGGCUACUUCCUGGGGGAGCCCAUCCCGCAGCCCGCGCGCCUGCGCUACGUCACCAGCGACGAGCUGCUGCACAAGUACAGCGCCUACGGCGCGCCCAAGUCCUCCACCCUGGGCGGCCGCGGACAGCUGCACAGCCGGAAGAGGCAGAAGAGCAAAAACUGUAUCAUUUCCUAAGGGGCGGGGCGGAGGCGCGCGGGCGGCCGGCGGGGAGCCAGGGUGCGGCGGGCCUGGGGUGCGCAAAUUCUCGGCAUGUUGAACCUUAUUUGCACAUUUCCCUUUGGAAACACGCUAGACUCUGGAGGCCAGGGUCGGUCACCUCCUCCCCCGUGUCCUGUGUUGGUGGCCGCUCACCAGACGGCAAGCUGUCCCCCGCUCGCUUCCACCCUCCCAGUUCUCUUCCUUUUAGGACCCUUUUUCCAGUGAGUAAUUUUGUUUAUUAGCCAGGACCUGAGACUAAGUUAUUUACUUGUCCAUUGUAAAUGCAAUGUAAAUGAGAGUUCUGAUAAAAUAUUUUUGUAUUUUGUAAUAUCAAAGGAAUUUCUAUAUCGUAGUGGGGCUUGCAUGCACAUCCAGCGUUGUCUUUGAGUAGUACUGAAAGGUGGGCAGGACCACCAGGUUUCUUUUCUAUACAGAUUUGUUACAUGUCGGUAAGACUUUUUUCAAAGGGAUAUAUUCGAUUGGGCUUUUUGUAGCUGAAAAAAAAAUUUAUUCUUCCCAAAACAUUGGAUGCUCCGUUCCAUCUUAAGGAGCUGUCCUUAAGCCCUCUUCCACCCCUGGUAGAAUUUAUUCUCUACAAAGUGGUAGUACUUUUUUGACUUGCAAAUGUAACUUUUGCUGAUUAGAGAUACCGACCGGGUCAGUAGAGUCCCAGCUGGGAACUUGAAGUUGCUUAAUACCGACCCAUCCCUUGGGGAAAUCUAAGUGACCGUGUGAGUGGUGCCCUUGUGUGCUGUCAGCAUGACGUUGUUUUGACAUUGUUCUCUGGUGCUCGUUUCCUGGGUUGUAUUACUUGCUUUCCUUCUCCAAGGCAGACGAGCUGCUGCCUUAGCCUGACAACCGGUUGUCCUCAGAGCAAAUGAACUUGGGCGUCUGGAACUGAGUGACAGAUGGGUGCUGGGGGCUCCAGGCAGGACGGAGUGUAGCCUCCCCCGAAAGGAGAGGAACAAGCGAUCUGGACGCAUAUAGCAGAAGGGCCAUAGGAGUGGGGGGUCAGGAAGAAGACAUUCUGGACAGAAAGCGGAGGAGAGGCCACAGCUGUCUUGAGUAUUCCCAGCACCACUAGAGAAUCCAGCUUAACAGACUCAGUAACCAGAGUGGCCGGGUGCCCCGGAAGGUGGGGCUGCGAAGAUUUCAGGGUAAAGUCUCAGAGAAACAGACUUUGUUGAAAGGAGAGAUCUCCAUUCUAAACUUCCAAGACCGUUGGUCAGAUAGAAAACCCGCUCGAAGUGAGUUUGCUUACAGAAGACAUUGAACGGUUGUGCUAUUUAUAGUAAAGUAAAACUUCCUGCCUCGCUUCAGUUAGAAAUGAAGCACUUGCUCUUUGUCCCUCCUUCUCCUCCCCUCAGUGGAUUGUAGCAGUGGAAGUGCUCCCUCUGAGGACCCACUUAGUGAGCUGUUCUGUCCACGUAGUCCACGGUGUGUCUCGGGGGCCAUCUGCCGUGGUGAGGUGAGCGUGGUCCCUUUUCAGUAUAGUAGUUAACAUUUUCUAGUAUUUUUAUGGAGGGAACGUGAAGAGCGGCUUUUCAGAUGCCGUCCCAGACGGGUCUGGGGAGAGGAAAGCUGUAAAGAACAUGGUAAUGGCACUCCAUUCAGGAUGUAUUAAAGUAAUUUGCUUUUCAGGUAUUAAUAUGACAUUUGUCAUUGUCACUGAUUUUUUAAAAAAGCAAUGCAAAUGUUGGUUGUGACUGUUUUCCGCAUGCUAUCUUCAUAUCGAAAUGCUUCAUUAAUUAUCCUAGCCUCUGGAGAAUUAACUUUAAUAUGUUUGUAUAGUAGGUUUGUAAACUGCUUGGCAAAUUGAUUAAGAAAUUACGUGCAGCGCCAUGCUACUCAAGUGGCAGGUUUCUGGUAGAAAUUGGGCGAGUCCAAUUUGGAAUUCUGGGUGCCUCAACGGUGAGAGUAAAAAGGCAUUGUUGGAAAAAGAAAACAGAGAGGAAAGGUCGAUCUCUUAAGUUAGCAAAUGGUUGUGUGUUUAUCUGCUGUGGCCCCAAAUCCAAUGAAAGAAAUUCUCCCAUUUAAAAUAGUAGCUCUUACACAUCCCAAACAAGGCUUUCACCAUCAUUACAGAAAGAGGCGACCUCAACACUGACCUAAUCUUACCCCCGGGGACCUGGGUCCACAGGGGUCAUUUCAGGCCCCGCUGUCAGAGAGCAGCCAGGGAAUUCCCCAGCAGAGCUGGGGGGAGGACGAGGUCCAGGCCAGAGGGUCACGCUGUACUAGCGAGAUGACCUCCGCCUCUCCGGCGAGGGCAGAUUUCUUCAGCCAGGUGCCUUACAAGAGAGGGUCACUGGUGGAAGGUCAGUUCCUCCCCAUGUGGUGGGUGCUCCAAGUAGGUGCCCAAGAAGACCAGGCAUCACUGUACUGGGACGUCUACCUACCUGUCAGUGGUAAAUUACAUGUACCACUCUAGGUCGCAUUCCCGGGAACUCGGUGCACUCUCUCCUGAGGCAGGAACGUGAGGUUCUCACCUGAUGUCUCAUCAAAACCCUUACCUGGCUGAGUGCUCUCCUGUGUGGGGCUCCACGCCCUUCCUUGAAGAUCAUCAUUUCAUCUUCACUUUCUUUAGCCUGGUUUCAGAGGAGCCGUCUUUUCCCAGUUUCCUCUCCUCCAGUGUCUUGACUGGUUUUCUCUCUACCUCUCCCACCCCUGGGCUUGCCUUUGGUUAGACUUGCGUCUUCAAAGUUCUGUCCAUUUCUUAUUGCUGCUGGAUUCAGAGGCCGCAGAGCUAGCUCCUUUUCAGGACGGGAAGCGUCCAUCAUCAAGGCCUCCCUUGGAGCCCUGCAAGCUUAUGGCACCAAGUGUAGCAGUCAAGGUCUGUCCUUCUGCCAUUUAGCUUGGGGAUCUCUGCCAAAUAUGAAGGUGACUGAGGCAGGGGAAAUCAGGCCACGUGCGCUGGUUUUCCGCGCGUCCAAGGCAGCGAUCCUGGUGUUGGUUUUUGACACCUUCUUUCCACAUUCACCUUUUAUUCUGUGGUCCUUCCUUUCUCUUUCCAACCAACCGAGCGAACAAGCGGUUUUGCUUUUCCAAUACGAGACAUGAAGGCAGCACUUUCUCACCUCCUGCACCAUAAUGUGAUGAUUUCUCUUGCAGGAGUUUUUGCUCCUUGGGUUCUGCUAGCCAUUGCUCAGUCUGGGCAGGGCCAGCGAUAGCACGUACGAGCUCUUGCUCUGCCCGCCCUGCCACCUGAGCAGAUGUCAGAAAGGCAUUGCUGUGUACCUUCCACAGGAACGUGGACACAGCCUUGGAAGCCUCUGGCCACUCCAACCAGCCAGGGCCAGUUGAUUAGAACUGAUCUUAUUUGUCCGCUAACAAAUCUUAUUUAUGAACUGAUUCUUAUCUGUUACUCACCCUGGCUCUCUUGCCAUGGAAUAAAACAGUGCACUCAAUAUUUAGGAAGCAUCAAUCAUAAAUAAUUGGAAGAUUUCGUGUUUAUCCCGCAGAUGGUGGUGGCUGGAGGAAGCCAACCUCCUAGGCUAAACGAAGACAGAUUUCUUCAUCCUCCUUUUCCACAUUCGGGUUCUUGGCCAAUUAGCACAAGCAGCCUUCGUUCAUUCUGCAGAGCUCAAGUAAGACUCCCCAGUUUUCUUCAUCUAACCCCACCUUCUAAUGAGAGAGGAAACAAAUAUUUAAAUUGCUAAAGGAGAAAGUGCUCCUUGUGUAUUUCUAACGGAAACCAGAUGCUUCUGCCUGAGAAGGAGGAUCCAACCACGGGCCGGGAAAGUAGAAAAGUGAACCAGUUAUCCAGGUAUUUGAUGUAACAGGAAUUGCCCCUGGCAACUGCCUGGCCCUCCAGAGCUUUAACAGGGGCUCUGCAGGAAGUCUUCCCCAGGCAUCUGCUGCUGGCUCAGAAGGCAUUGCAGACUGCCACCUUUUGAGGUCCAUUUCUUUCAGUACACGAGCAGUGGAAAUGAAGGAGUUUGUCCCGCUGGACCUCAGCAAACAUCAGAGCGUGUCUGCAUGACCAUUCAGCAGUCAUCAUUCAGGUCAGGAUCACAAAAGAAGUAGAUCCUUUUUCCAUUUCCCGUAAGAGUAGCUCAGUGCACAUGAGCCUCCCGUGCAACGUGAGUCACAGUUGGGAGCUGUACUAUUUUAUAAGCUUAUUUCCUGCCAACAAAACUAGCUUUCCUCAAGAGAAUAAAGAGAAGGAGCGCCAAGUCACACAGUGUUAGGGAACAUCUCUGUGAUGUAGACAGGAUGAAUCAGUAGGAUAGAAAAACCGUCUUGUUCCGUCCUGAGAGUUUUCGGAGCCGUCCCUUCACUCACUGGGCAUUUGGCCGAUGACAUUCAGUAGGUCACUGAUGGUGCUUCUCGGAAAUUUUCAGUUACUUACGAUAAGGUCUGUUCUCAAGCCUAUCAAAUGGAUUUCCAUAUUUUUCCAUAACGUGCUCUUGCUUCUGUCAUAGACCCCAACUUAAUAUUUGUAGGCCUGUGAGUCCUCCAUUUUCUCCAGAAAAUUAGGACUUCGACAGUUCCCUUCCCAGCCUCAUUCCUUCCUGCACAGGGCUGCUGUGCCCAUCUCCGGCUUUAAUUUCGCGGGCAUAAACGAAACCUCCAAGGGCCUGAGAAGGCGAGGCGGGCGGCAUCUGCUGUGUGUCAGGUGUGAAGCUGUGUGCUGUUAAGAAGGCCCGCCACGGGCCUUUGCUGUGGGCUCUGCCAGAGACUGUUCUGAACACUUUGCUUGAGAUCCGUGCCCUGUAAAAUGGAUAUGAUGUUUUACUGAUGUCUGUAAUACAUUUGUAAACUUCCAGUAAAAUUUGAAUAAAAGAAACGUUGCCGUGCUUCUCA